UAUAAGUAAGCCUGCUGGGAUUUCUCUGUUUGUACAUUUAGUAUACUGUAAUUUUGCAGACUGGUGCACAUUUAUGUCAUGAUUAAAGUGGUUUGAUAUUUCUUAUUUGCUGUCGUUUGACCGCCAGUGGUUAGUAUGGUGUGAGUUUUUCAUGAGUGCAGUGUGACUCUUUUAGUUUCACCAUCCUCAGCUGUUUGUGUGUGUCACAGAAUCGUGGGUAGGAAACACUCAGCUGUAUUUAAGCAGGCAAAGUUCCUCAUCUUGGAAUAAUCAAAGGCUCACGGCUGAAGACUCUACUUAGCUUUCCUCACAACACACCUGCUUUCUCUGCUGGCAGAUUUUCAUCCUAAAACUAUAUUCUACAGUCACAGAACAGGAUCGCUGGGCGGCUGAGAUGUGUACCGGUCACUGCUCCAGGUCUGUGGGAAUGGCUCUGAUCCCUAUAGCCAUCGUCUGCAUGCUGGCAAAUGCACUGCUGCUGUUUCCUGAUCUGAAGUAUCAGUACCUGACAGAGAAUCAUGUGACCAGAGAGGCCAUGUGGUGCUCUGGGAUCUGGGCAUCAGGGCUUCUGGUGCUUGUGGCUGCGCGAGGAUUUACAACACACUACGAAAAGAAAGGAUGCUGUUAUUUUACUACUGAGGUUUUGCGUAAGUUGGGCUACACAUGUUUGGCUAUUCUGGCAGCUGGCUUGUGUUUCGUGGUGAGCGGGACAGGGCUGGUGCUGGGACCCCUCUGUUUACACAACAGCACUGAUGGCCUAAAGUGGGGACGGCCAUUAAAACAAGUCAAAACUGGAGAGCAGCUUUACCUCUAUGCUCCGGAGCGGUGGCCAUCUGCCUGUGUGGAGCCUCGACGUGUUGUGGUCUGGAAUAUGGCUCUUUUCUCUGUCCUCAUGGCAGCGAGUGGCCUUCAGCUCAUUUUCUGCAUUCUUCAUCUCCUCAUCGCCUUACUGGAGUUCAUGUGCAGACCCAGCUUCUGCAAGAAUAAGGUUGUUCCUGCUUGAAAUGACUAGAGGUUCUAUUUAUUUCCUCUCCAUGUGAGAAUGAGAAGGACUUUUUUGGGGUUAAAAAGCCAGCUAUGACUGCUUAACUUACUUUAAACAGAGAGAGAGAGAGAGAGAGAGAGAGAGAGAGAGAAAAUAGAAAUGGGAAGUGGAUUGCGAAAGCCAGUUUUCACAUCCAUUAAGUGUUUUACUGCACUAUCAUCACACACGUCCAGUCUUAAGAGUGAUUUUAGUGACAGUAAACUUUGAAUCCCAGAAACACUUGAACAGAUAAAAUACCUUGAAUAAUCCACUAAAAGCAUAGAGACAAUAAGCUGUUUCAAAUAGUCUUUAUAGUAAUAUAUAUUCAGAAUGCACUUUAAUAUUUAUGCACUGUAUAGUAAUGUAAUUUCAUGUAUAUGUAUGUGUUGAUACUGAAAUGCUUAGUGUUAGAAGAUGUUAUUUUUAAUAUUUGAUUUCUACAAGAUUAAAAACUAACUGUAUGAACA